CCGAUAUCCGACGUCUCGUUAUUCGCAGCCAAUUCUCGCCUAUUCAAUUCAUUGAUAAGCAGAGGCGGUGGUUGAUUCUUUGUUGUGUUGGGAUACCGACGGAAUACUUGGGUGCAACAAAAAAAGGCUUCAAAACGCCGAAUCACGACUCACCAAAAUGAGUGACUCUGCCCAGCAGGCUUCAUCGGAGAUGCCAGCAUCAACCAAAGUAUUCACCGUCCUCAGUGCGGCUACAGAAGGAUGUGCUGCGAGAAUAGGCAAACUUGCUCUUCCUGGUCGCAAGGCCAUGGACACGCCCAACUACACAGCCAUCUCCAGCAGAGGAGCCGUACCCCAUCUUACACCAGACACGAUGGAGCGCCAUACUCGAGCUAGUGCGGCGUAUGUCGCGUUGGAGGACUUCAUAGAAAAGAAGAACCCACCCAUCUACAAGACGCCAGACUCCGCCAAACGCCGGCUGCACAGCUUCACAGCUCUCCCUUCUGACCUCCUCACCAUUCUCGCCGCUAGAAGAUGUCCUGCCGUCGUAACACCCGCAGGCAACACCUCGAAGAUCCUUUCUAUUUUCACAUCGACAGGCUUCGACAAAAUCAGCGUCCCGCAGUACGCUGAUGCCAUCCGCUCGCUGCAGCCCGACAUUGCCAUUGCCAUGGCAGACCUUUUGCACACUAGCCAAACGCCGCCCUCGAAAAAGCUCAUUCGCAUGACGGAGAGAACUGAGGAAUGGGGAGAAGUCCUCAUGGAGAACUUGCAGGCCAAGCCCAUGGCGGCGGGCAAGGAAUCCUUCCUCUUUGCGCCGGUUCUCGCCGUUGAGCACCCAUACCAAUGGAGCUACCUCAAGAGCCUUUCCACAGAUUCUAUUGACUCCAUUUCUGGUCUGGCCAUCUACGGGUUGAACAUGGUGCCAGAGCUGACCAACUACCCGGCUCUUACAUCGUUACCCAAGCUGUCAAUGGACGUGCCCGCGACGCCUCAGGAAAUCCUCAAGCAGGUGUCACUUGGUAUUGACAUUUGUCUGCUUCCAUUUAUCAAUGUCGUCUCAGACGCCGGUGUUGCCAUGACGUUUACGUUUCCUCCCACCGAGGCAUCCUCGCCGCAACCACUGGGCACCAAUAUCUGGUCACCAGAGCACGUUGUUGGCAUGGGACCACUGUCAGAGCACUGCACCUGCUAUGCCUGCACAAAACACCAUAGGUCUUACAUGCACCAUCUCCUCAACGCAAAAGAGAUGCUGGGAUGGAACUUGCUGCAGGUGCAUAACCAUGCCGUCAUGGAUGCCUUCUUCAAGGGUAUCCGCGACACUCUAGCGCACGGCCCCGCGGCGUUUGAGGAAGCAAAAGAGAAAUUCCUGGCCAGCUAUGAAAAAUCUUUCCCUGAAGGUACUGGCGAGAGACCCCGAGCUCGCGGAUACCACUUCAAGAGCGAGGGCGGCGACGAAAAGAUUAACAAGACUACAUGGCGCGAGCUACAGGAUACCUCCGAGCCCAAGGGCGGAGAGGCGAUUGCAGGAACCGCAUAAUUGCAUUUACACAGGAGGAGUUUUAGCAUCUGCAUUAUCUAGAGGUCUAGCUGCAUACGGAGUUUGGUGGCUUAUCUAUGAUUUUUAACUUGGAGUUGGGGCGGGAAAUGAGAAAAGCGGCUUGGCCAACAACUGCUAGCUAGCUUACAAAAGGAGGCGCAUGAAGUCAGCGUAUAGCAUUGUAAAUUCAAUUGCAUUAUAUCCAUCACUCG